GGGGCAGGGGUGGGGGUGGGGAAGUAGGUCCAGAAGCCAAGACCCCGGCAGGCGUUGAGGGCUUUGUGGGUUCCUCUGUUUUUAACCCCCUUUCCGGAGAAGGACACUAAGGCAGAGCGGGCGAGGGAGCAGCCCAGGUCUUGGGAGGCCUCCAGAUCGGUGGGGAUCCACCUUUCUAAAGGGGGAAGGUUCAAGGUCAGAAGGAGAAGCAGCUCCAGCCCCCCUUUCCAGGAGACAGAGGAGAGGCAAGGGGGGAGGCUCCGCUUUUGGAGUCGCCCCCCCCCUCCCACCGCCGGAACCCUGGGUCUUGGGGUGGCUGUAGUGGUGCAGAGUGGGCUGCGGUGGCUCCAGGGUUGCCUCGGCCCACGGUUCCCCUCCUUGCAGGCCGCCGUCGGCUGCUGGGCUCCCCCCACCAUGUUCUCGGUGCUCUCCUAUGGCAGGCUGGUGGCCCGGGCCGUCCUGGGCAGCCUUUCUCAGACGGACUCUCGAGAUUACAGCCUGGUGACGGCCAGCUGUGGCUUCGGCAAGGACUUCCGCAAGGGCAUCUUGAAGAAGGGCAUGUGUUACGGGGACGAUGCCUGCUUCGUGGCGCGGCACCGGUCGGCGGAUGUGCUAGGGGUCGCGGAUGGCGUCGGUGGCUGGCGAGACUACGGCGUGGACCCUUCUCAGUUCUCAGGGACUCUCAUGCGCACUUGUGAACGCUUGGUCAAGGAGGGGCGGUUUGUGCCGAGCAAUCCUGUGGGCAUCCUCACCACAAGCUACUGUGAGCUGCUGCAGAACAAAGUCCCUCUGCUCGGGAGCAGCACCGCCUGCAUUGUCGUCCUGGAUCGGACGAGUCACCGCCUGCACACUGCCAACUUGGGCGACUCGGGGUUCUUGGUCGUCCGAGGCGGGGAGGUCGUGCAUCGGUCCGACGAGCAGCAGCACUAUUUCAACACUCCGUUCCAGCUGUCCAUCGCGCCGCCCGAAGCGGAAGGGGUCGUCCUCAGCGACAGUCCAGAUGCUGCCGACAGCACCACCUUUGACGUCCAGCUGGGGGACAUCAUCCUGACCGCCACAGAUGGGCUGUUUGACAACAUGCCAGACUACAUGAUCCUUCAGGAGCUUAAGAAGCUAAAGAAUUCAAAUUAUGAAAGCAUCCAGCAGACAGCAAGAAGCAUAGCUGAGCAAGCUCACGAACUGGCCUACGAUCCGAACUACAUGUCUCCCUUUGCACAGUUUGCGUGUGACAACGGGCUGAACGUAAGAGGUGGGAAACCAGAUGACAUCACCGUCCUGCUUUCAAUAGUCGCGGAGUAUACAGACUGAUGGGCUGAAAAGAUCCAGUUUGGUGGCUCUGUGUGUUUCCAGCUGUUCCCACCGUCGUACGUACUGUUUCCUGCUGGCGGGAUGGCUUUCUCUGCAGCUGAUCUCAGUGGCUGUUCUGUUAUUACGUCCAUGGCCUCUUUUAAAACACGGCCAAAGUCUCCGUCGUGAUCCGCCGCUGUGGAGUACACUGGGGUACCUCUGCCAGCAAGAAAUAAGAAGGAUUUCAAUACUUGAAGUGUUUUUUUCUUUUUCACAGCUGAGUAGUAAAAAUUGUGUCGUGUUGGGGGAAAAAGGCGGAAGUCAUCAAGGUUACGGCUCUGAAGAGAAUGAGCAGUUAGUAGAAAUUGGCUGUUCUUAAAUGGAAACUUAGAUGGGCUUUUUUCAAAAAAAAAAAAGAUCAAGAGAACCUCCUUGAGGGUGCCAGCGUGUUGUUGGGAAAAACGCUUCGUUUUUCAUCCAUGAAAGGUCACACUGCCGUCCUUCAAGGAACGUAGUAGGAUAGAUGAGGCUUGUGUUUAUACGAGGAUAGAUGAGGCUUGUGUUUAUACGAGUUCUCCACAAGCUUCCAAAUGCACCAAGACCCUUGGUAUAUAGGAUGUCAGCCCCGGAGCCUUGUUGUCUGUUACUAAAUGAGGAGCACAAGGAAAAAGUUUGCAACGCAUGUUGUGCCCUGUGAGUUGUGUGUCGGCCGAGGAGAGAAGCGUAGGGAUGAAAGUGUUUGUCCGUCAUCGUACAGAUGGCAGUUGGGCCUAUCAUCUCUUCAUGUGAGACCUUAGACGAGCAGUUUUCUAAAGAGCUUUUGAGUCCUAAUGAAGUCUGACGAAGCCAGGACAAUGUAAGGGAAUCACGAGAUGCUUUGGCAUCUCGGAAGGGCGAAGGGCAUUGCAAGUGGCGAAUCCUCAGUGCUGAAUCUUCACUUUUGAGUCGGUGGGGGUGGGGGAAUUGCUUGGUUUCAAACGACAUGCCUCUCUGCUCGCGCUCCCGCGGCAGUAAAUAAUCGCACACGUGCAAAAUGCUGGAGAAACAGCAUUUAAAUUUUCGUAGCUGAUACGUAGGAUUUCCAGAAUGAACUUUUAAUGUUUACAGGUAUCUAAUAGCCAUUUCGCAAAAUAGCAUUUCCCUUCAUUUCGUUGGCUCAGUCCAGUUUCUUCAGGAGCUACGACUUUCCCUCCCUCCCCUUUUUUUUAAAAAAGCUCACGUAAAAACCAAUAGCUAUAAAGAUAUAUAUAUUUUGGUCAGUUUUUCAUAACUUUUUUUUUUUUUGCUGAUAGAAAAGUACUUAGAAAUGAAAAGCCAUGUUUUAUAUAGAAGUUGGGUAAUAUUGAUGUUUAGAUGAUGAGCUUGGCCAGUAAGGAAAUCUUCCGUUUUGUGGAAAAAAAAAAACAUGAAAGGGAGCUUUACGGCCAGGCUUAUUGUAUUAAAACUGUACGUUUGAGGUUACCUCAGCCUGUUUUAAAUAUUUUUUGUGGUUGUACUGUAUAUUUGCAUAAUGGUGUCAAGCUUUUUAUUUAUAAUUAUGUCACAUGUACCAUGUACAUGUCACUAUUUCAAUGCAUCCUGCUUCUAACAGGCAUUUAAUUUACCAUCAGAAUGGGCAAAAUCAUUUGGAAGCUGUGUAAUCUACCUUUUCUUUUCUUUUUUUUUCCAAAUUUGGGGCAUGACAGUUUUUUGUAAACGACCUUUAAUUUCUUUUCAGAAUGCCUUAACCACUUAAUUUGAAAAAUGGGAUUAUGAUAAUUAUUUUGGCAUGGAUACAGGGUGGAAUAAAAAGGAAUGAAGACAA